AUGACGGCCAACCGAGCAUCAGUGUUGAACUUCUUCACAACAGCCAUUACUAGCAAGACCAGAUCACCCCUCACACUAUCUUUCAGAUACCGUGAAGCACAAUCCCACUUUUGUGUGAGCGAAGUUGUCCGCAACCACAGAACGAAUACGCCCUUGUGCCAGAGGGCCAGCAUGUCGGACUCAGGUGAUCAUCGACAGCUGGUGUCACGGCCAGCUACACAAGCCUCCACAUCGCGGACACAGCAGAAACCCCCUCCUCCUGUGUCACCAUCAGCGAGCUCCAAGAAGCAUCAGAUGCUGCCGCCUCCACCUCCACCUGGCAGCACUGUCCAGCAGAAACACCAGCAGAAAUCUUCUCAAGAAUUGCAACACAACUUUCCCACAGGCCCAACAGGGUACCAUCAGCCAGGUUUCCAAGCGGGCAGUUACUCUCUCCCCCUGGCACAACAAUCCGGGAACGACUUCUCCUGGCUGUCCAGUCAUACGGAAACGCACCAAGGGCCUUGCGGAAGUUUCUUCAGUGGUGCUUCAUUCCAUAACGUAGCCGGAUCGCAAGCUCCCCAAGAAACGGCGCCUUCAUCAGGACCCUUGAACUCGGUAUCCCAGCUCAACCAAGAGAGCAACCGUCCAGGAUCUCGCGCUCCGACCUUCGCCAGCCUCCACGCCUCGUUGGACUCCAUGGAGUUGGACACAGAAGACCUCUCGAAUCUUAGCGUCGAGAAGCUGCCGGUGUUGAGAGGCAUUGCCGCGAGCGUGCUCCCCCUGGUGCAAAGGAUUCCGUUACCACCAAUUGAUCCCGAGACGAUGGAGCUGCUGACCUAUUCUCACAAUAUCGGCCAACUCGAUUCUCUUUCUCUGACGUGCCAUAAGCUUUUGCAUCUCCUGGAGAUCAACUCUCACUUCCCGAUGGCUGAUCGGAUCGCCAUCGAAAAUCAAUGUCAAGCUGCAAGAGGCCUUAUCGAUCUUCGGCAAAAGGCCUAUGCAGAGUGGUUGAAAUACCAGAACCGCACAGACAAGAAGAUCGCGCAAUUCAUGGGGCCAGAUGCCUCAAUGGGGAAGGUCUCAGAGCAAUAG